ACAAGCUGUCCCCGUGCUGCUCGCAAGACUGGCAAUGCUCUGGUACCUUUGUUCUAACAUCAAGAACAGGGAGGGAAGGGCUGGUGACAAAGUACACCCAGGAAGACUGCAGUGUACCAUCUUAGCAGAUAAAUGUGCUGAUACAAGUGCUAAAUUUAUCACACCUGAUUAGGGGUUUAGUGCUUCCAUAGUUUAAACAUUAAUAUUUGCCUAUUUAAGCAAUGUGCCCUAGUGCAGCCUGUCCACAGAUGUAGUCACCAUGACUGAGUCUGGAGACUUCAUAAGUGCUCUGGGGGAGUUUGGGCUGUAUCAGAAAUUUCUGGUACUACUCAUCUCCAUCUCCCUACUUCUUAAUCCUUUCCAAAUGAUUGGCCAAGUGUUCAUGGUUCUGGAUGAGCCUCAUCACUGCAACACCAGCUGGAUCCGUGCCAUUGGCCCCAACCUGACAGAGGAAGAGCAGCUGAACCUCACCCUGCCCCGGGAUGCGGAUGGGGCAUACGAGCAGUGCUCCAUGUACUCGCCGGUAGACUGGGACCUCGACUCCAUUGUGGCUUAUGGCCUGAAUGCCACGGAGAAGUGCAGCAGUGGCUGGGUGUACCCCUCAGCACAAGCACCGUCCCUCCUGACCGAGUUUGACCUGGUGUGUGACAGGAAGGACCUGAAUGACAUCUCCCAGUCCAUCUACAUGCUGGGGCUUCUCCUAGGAUCCAUCAUCUUUGGGCCACUGAGUGACAGAAUAGGCCGUCAGCCUGUAUUUCUGAUCUGCAUGCUCAUCCGUGGCUUGUUUGGUGUAGGAACUGCCUUUGUGCCCCAUUUCUAUGUGUACAUGGCCUUCAGAUGUGUCGUGGGGGCUGUGGAGGCAGGCAUUAUGAUUAUUGCCUUGGUGCUGGCUACAGAAUGGGUCGGUGUCUCCCAUCGGUCAAAAGCAGUGCUUAUUACUCACUGCUGCUUCGCCAUUGGUCAGAUGAUUGUCCCUGGCUUGGGUUACGGUAUUCGCAACUGGAGGCUGCUGCAGAUUGCAGGAUCUGCUCCUGUAUUUGCUCUUUUCUUCUACAUCUGGGUGCUCCCAGAGUCCGCUCGGUGGCUGGUGAUAAAAGGCAGGAUAGAAGAAGCUAAGAAGGUGCUUCAGAAGGCAGCAUCCAUCAACAAGCGCACCCUCCCACCGGAGCUCCUGGAGCAGCUGAAGCCCGAGGCUCAGCCCAAGCCUGGAAGCACUCUGGAUCUCUUUCGGAAGAAGCACCUGCGGAAGGUGACUUUAAUCAUGACCUGCACCUGGUUUGCAGACAGCCUUGUCUACUAUGGGCUGAGCCUUAAUGUGUCAGGUUUUGGUCUGAACGUCUACCUGACACAGCUUGCCUUUGGAGGGGUAGAGUUACCAGCUCGAUUUUCCUGCAUUUUCCUGCUGCAGUGGUUUGGGAGGAAGAAAACCCAGGCUGUUCUCCUGCUGCUGUCUGGCCUGAUGUGUCUCGUCAUCACUGGCAUCCCUGAAGACCAGCCCGUGGUGACCACCAUCCUGGCCACCAUCGGCAAGCUUACAGCCACAGCCUCCUUCUCCACUUCCUACAUCUACUCUGCAGAGCUCUUCCCCACGGUCAUCAGGCAGACCGGCGUGGGGCUGUGCUCGAUGUCGGCACGGCUAUCGGGGAUCAUGGCGCCCUUGAUGCUGCUGCUGAAGCGGUACCACCGGGCCAUCCCCAUGGCCGUCUUUGGCAGUGUCACUGUGGUGGUGGGGCUGCUCUGCUUCCUGCUGCCCGAGACCCGUGGCACUGACCUGGCAGAUGACAUGGGGCUGGAGGACAUCAAGGGGGCAACUCCCCAGAUGAGUAACAGGAGUCUGGAAACUUUGUCCAAGACAGACACCACCAAGGUUGGAGCAGACUUGGAGAAGAACAACUACAAGUUCUCGGAGAGCAAGUGAUGAAUGGACAGGCACAUACUAAAGGUCUUGUCUAAUCCAAUCUUUCUUGAAGCAGACCCAUGAGGCAUUGCUGUCCAGAAACUGGCCUUUCAGAUGAUCAACAAAGUAUUUGUGAUUAGAGGGAGAGGAGAUGUGUGUUACUCUGUGUUUGGAAACAAUGCACUUCAGCCUGUUUCUGAAGCCCAGUCUGUUAUGCCUGGCUGCGUGAGUCCUCCCGACGUGUCUCCCAGUCCUUUGCAAACUUGUACCCGUGGAACCAUCCCUGUCAUGUUUCACAGCAAUAAAGAAUCGCCAGAAGAGUGGUAGUACUGGGCAAGCGAGUGCCGGGCUGUGUCCCUCCUGCACUAGUCGCUCGGGUCGUCGGUCCGAGCCCUCACAUUUGAUCAGGAUGUCACUGCAACCCUGUCACACACAUAUUUAGCUUUUCUUUCUAUGUGGUGUUGAAGUUGAGUUUCUACAUGAAUAGUAUAAAUUAUACUCCGAGUUUGAUAAGAGACACUUGUAAUGCAAUAUGUGAAUAAUAAAUGGUGUUGACUUUUUUU